AUGGCGGAGAGCAGCAAGAUGAGUUUUACGCAGCGAGCAAUGGAAUCAGUGCGGAAGCGCGCAGCCGAGGUCAAGGGCAAGUUGGCCGACCGUCAGCGCAAAGGCGGUCUUCUUCCCGAAGAAGAUGAAAGGUUGGAGCAUGAAGUCUUUGCCGUCCGCGAUGCCUACGCCACGGCUCUCAAGCGUGGCCAAGAGUGCCACAUGACGGAUGAUCGCAAGAUUCCGGUCUAUGGUUAUGGAACUCGCAUGAAAAAGGCGGCUGAAGCACUCGAUCAAACGAGCCCAUUCUUUGACAUGUACAACAAGGUGGCAGGCGUGCAGGAGAUGUUGGGGCUGCUGACGGGUGAUCAUCAUCGCAAGUUGCAUGAGCAGAUCUACUCGACCAUCGAUCAGACCCUGAGAGAGGAGUAUCCGAAAGCUGCAAAAAGCACACAGCGAUUCGGAAAGCAUCCGCAGCAAGUGCGCCCAGCGCUGGACUCGCUUCGCCGACAAAACAAAGAGGUCAACCGCCCUAAAGUGGAUGCCCUGGAAUCGGACCUUCAUGAUGCUGAGCGCGCAUUGGCCUCCCAACGUGCUAAAUACGUCGAGGCGCUAGUUGAGGUGUCAGCCCACGAGCGGGACUUUGCCAUCCCCCUCGUCAAUAUGAUUUUGCAGCAGCUCGAGUUUCACCGCACAGCUGUUUCCAUGAUUGAGAGCAUGUUACCCAAGCUGCAGGAACUGCAGCAGCAAGUCGGAUCCAACAAAGCUUUUGGCCAACCAUUGCCUGAAACGGGGGUUGAUCCCAUCGUCGGCGCUUUGGCUGCCGUUGUCAACCGCGAUGGUCUGCAGCGCGAAGGCAUUUUUCGCCUGGCAGGCUCAACCAUCAACAUCCGCAAGCUACGCGGCCACUUGAAUGCCGGGCGAAUUGACCUCGACUCGCCGGCGGGAUACGAGAAUGACGUCUUUGCGAUUGCGUCUAUGCUGAAGGAAUACCUGCGUGCCAUGCCGGAUGCCCUCUUGAGCAGUGACUUGUAUGAUGCUUGGAUUAACACCAUGCGCUGCAGUCAGGCCGAACGUCUUCUCAUUGCCGAGAAGCUGCUGCAGCGCCUCCCCCCACGGAAUUUGACGACUUUGAAAUUUCUGUGUCGCUUCCUGGCGCAUGUCUCCCAGUACUCGGCGAUCAACAAGAUGGAAGCCAAGAACCUGGGCAUCGUCUUUGGUCCCAACCAUCACUUGGAGCUUUUCGGUACGGCGCCCGGAGAGCUUGAUCCCACUCUGACCGAUCCCAAACUUGUCCCUGGAGCAGAAGCCAUUUUGAUUCAGCUGCAAAAACCCAAGCCACCCAAGCCGGGCCGUCCAGGCACGAUGUGGACCCCGGCCUCUGGACAAGCGGGGCCUAUGCCCGAGGAUGCCAAGGGCUUGGGUCGGAACAAACUCUUUGGGUCACUUCGAACGCACUCCACCCCCGCCACGGGCCCAAAGCCGCCCAGUGCAUUGCGCAAGCCUGCCCUUCGACCCAUGAGCGGAGGCAAAGGCGAUUCACCGGCUGGUGAUCAGGACGAUGAUGCGCCGGGUGGGCGUAGCACAUGGUAUGCUGCAGAUGUCGAUAUGACCCCGGAGGAGAGGGUGCAGCACAGUUCCUCGGCACUUGCUGCUGCCCAAGCACUGCAAACCCAAGCGGACGCAGACAUCGAUGAGAAUGAGGAUGACGAUGAAGACUUUUACGAUUCUGAGGACACUGACUCAAACUCGCCCAAUGACCACGGCUUGACGGAGCAGGGCGAAUCUGAUGUGGGUCGGAUCCCACCGGGGCGACCCAACCGGCCUCCCCCUGCUACCGACAGCGGUCCCAAGGCAGGACGCUCGGCCCCAAAGCCGCCUGCGCGACCACCUCCCCUUACUGAUAGCAAUGGUCAGGGGAAUGACGGGGCGACACUUGACUCGAAUUUGACAACGGGGCCACGACCGCCAGCGCCGGUCUCUGCCAAACCAACACGACCUCCACCAGCGUUGAAGCCCAAGCCCAAGUUGAGCCCAGAUGUUGACUGA